CUCCUCCUAUUGGCUCUCCUUCUCCUAACGUGUCAGUGGAGUCCGGAUGGUGACAAUAAUCCUGGAUAUAAUAAAUAUAAUGAAGUCGUAACAUCUUGGAGGAGCUUUCGUUUUGAGAAGUUUAAGAAACAAUGGCGAACAUACAGAACCUCCCAAUCGACAUACAGACCAGCAAGCUUUUAGACUGGCUGCUGGAUCGACGUCACUGUAAUCUGAAAUGGCAAACUGCAGUGAAAGAAAUCAGAGAGAAGAUCAAUGCUGCCAUCCAGGACAUGCCCGAGAACGAGGAGAUCAAGCAGCUUCUCUCCGGCUCCUACAUUCACUACUUCCACUGCUUGAGGAUAGUGGAGAUACUGAAGGGAACCGAGGCUUCCUCCAAGAACAUCUUCGGCAGAUAUUCAUCUCAGAGGAUGAAGGACUGGCAAGAGAUUGUGGCCCUUUAUGAGAUGGAUAAUAUCUAUUUGGCGGAGGUGGCCAGUUUGCUGAGUCGCAAUGUGAGCUACGAGGGCCCGGCCCUCAGGAAGCAGCUGGCCAAAGCCCAGCAGCUGCAGCAGGAGCUGAGCAGGCGGGAGACGGAGUGCCAGAGCUCAGCCGCCGACCUGAGGGAGCGCUACUAUGCUGCCUGCAAACAGUACGGCAUCACGGGAGAAAAUGUGGCUCGAGAGCUUCAGGCUCUGGUCAAAGAUUUACCAGCGGUUCUUGAGGAAGUCGGGAAAGAUGCAUCGAAGUUAGAGGAGCAUAUCAAACUUUACACUGCUUUCACAAACUUCGUAUGUGACUGGUCUGAACCGGUGCUACCCAUGCUGACGUUCGCCCAGAAGAGAGGAAACACAACGUUUUACGAGUGGAGAAUGGGGAUCCCCACAGUUAUUGAGAGGCCAGAUGUAGAGGAAGCACCUCCUGAUACACUCACAGAGGAUUCAAUCGACUGGGGGAACUUUGGUAACAGCGCAGACACUCAGGGUGUCAAUUCUGUCAUCACAGUUGAGGAUGGAAUAGACUGGGGCAUCAGUCUGGAGCCGAGCUCUGAGGACACUGGUGCUGGUGGUAUUGACUGGGGUGACAGUGAAGCAGCUCCCAUAGAAAUUGAAAUUGUGGACGCCGGCGCAGACUGUCCUGAGGGCGUCGCAAGAGGUGAGGAUGCUUUAAGUGUUCUGGAGAACUCUCAGUCACGCGGCCAGUUCAUCGAUGAGCUAACCGAGCUGGAAACGUUCUUAACGCAGCGCAUAAGCGAGAUGGGAGAGGAGGGUGACGUGGUAGCGAUGAGCCAGUUCCAGAUGGCCCCCUCUGUCAUCCAAGGCCAGUCCCGUGAACAUGUCCGGGAGAUGCUCUCUGAGGUGCAGGACCUUCUGGGCCGCCUCACCUCCCUCCGGAUGCAGCACCUGUUCAUGAUCCAGGCCUCGCCGCGGUAUGUCGAGCGUGUGUCAGAGGUGCUGAGGCAGAAGCUGAAGCAGGCGGACAUUCUGGUUCUGAAAGGAGCCACGAUGGUUGAGAAGAGACAGGAAGCCCUGGAGGAGCAGUCCAGACUGGAGCCUCGUGUGGACCUGCUGGCAGGAUGCACCCGGGAACUCCAGAAAAUGAUUGAAGCCGACAUUUCAAAGCGAUACCACAAAAGGCCUGUCAACCUAAUGGGGGUUAAUAUAUAGUAAAAAUCACAGACGUCACAAUAAAAGUGGUAUUUAUGUUAAAGUCUUGUGUGUUCUUUACAUUUUCUGGAUUAAGAAUGGGUGAGAAACAUUUGACAUGUGCGUAUGCUUGUAAAAUUAAUUGAAACUUAUCCACUGUAUGCUUGGUUAAACUUUUUUUACUUCAUAGAAUUUUUUAUUUUAAUUAAUAUAAUUUUCUUACUUAAUUGGAAUAUGUAUCAUAUAAAGAGUGCAUUGCACUGUUUUUAUAUAUAAAACAAGUAACUGUAUAUUGAAUGAAGUAAGUCAAUAAAUAUGAACACAUGUUAAGGGUGGAUUCAAAUAAAGCGAGUGCAUAUAAGGGAUACAUAUCCUGCUAAACAUGCAAAACAAUGUGAAUCAUACCUCCACAUUUCUUAUUGUAACAAUGUAAUAAUGACUAAUUUAAAAUAUGGGAAAGAUUUAGAAAACCUGCACUAAUAAGUUUGGCAAUAACUUCACAAUGUUUAAAAUAACAUUCCUGGCUUCUAACUUUAUUACAUGAUUUGUUUGAAAAAAAUCCUCCAGAUUUCUAGAGAUUGCAGACGUCUUUCAUAUCAUAUAAUCAUAAAACCUUUGUAAAAUGGUGGGAUGUACUUCUCUGAAUUUGUUUGGAAUAAAAGAA